UGCUAUCGUUUCGGCAUUAGCAUGUUCUUUCCAGGCAUGGAGUCAAUCUAACUGCAACAAAGUCUUACGUGCCUCUGUUCGGAAGGCGAACCUUUUGCAGCAACCGCUGAGCAUCCCCGCUACUCCUAGCUCCCAGACUCAGCCUGUGCCGUAGUGUCUAUCUAUGCCGCCAAAACUGAACGCACGACGCAUCAUGACGAGACCUGACGAGCUAGGAUGAAGCAAUGGACUUGCCAUAACAUAUAUAGAUAUCCUCACCCCCGCGUUCUCAUCAUUAACGCCUAAAACCACGAUCGCCAUCAACCACACAUCCCUAUCUACAACAAUGCCCAUCUCCCCCGAACCCUUCAAGUCCCUCCCGUGGGCCCUCCACCUCUUCUCCGAUCCUCAAUGGACCGCCUCUAUUCGUGGCAGCCGUCUGACCGCGACGGCCAACCAGGACUGUUUCAACCGCAAGACGAUGCGCAGCAACGACGGCGUGCGCCAUUGGUACGAAUUUUACAAGAAGCCCUCCACACCCGACGGCUUGGUCACAGAUGCCGCAACCCUCGUCACAUGCGGUCCGGGCCUGAUGGGAUUCCCGGGGAUGAUGCACGCCGGCGCCAUGUCCACACUCGUAGACGAAGCGCUGGCAUGGGGCAUGCUAUGCGUUGCAAAACACAAUGGGGAGCUUGUUGAUGGCCGGGAUAGUCUGGAAGACGAGGGCGAGGAGAAGGAGCUUGAACUGGCCGGCUGGAUGGCGACAGCGUGGCUGAAUAUCAAGUAUCUUCGCCCCGUGCCUUGUCCUGGCGUUAUAGGUUUCGAAACAGAAGUGAACGACCUAGGCAAGAAGAUAGAACUGAGUUGUGUGGUCAAGAAUGCGAAAGGUGAGGUCUUGGUGAAGGGCGAGGGCCUGUGGGUCAGGAUGAAGGGUACGCCGAAGAUUUGAACAAUAGAGUUGCGUUCAGUCACUUUCUUGGACGGCCUUAAAUCUACUAUUCUUGUCACUUGUGACCGUCAAGCAUCACGUGCAUUGAGUAUCUUACGAAGGCCUGAUAGGUUUGUAUACACUUUCCGGCCGCGGCUUGUGGUGCUUCAAGGUUUUCUAAAUUCAAAUACGUCCAGAGCUUAGUCGGGGCGAAGGAUACAGCCCGAGAGUUCGUGUAGCAGUGGAGCGGCCAAUGGCAAUUGCCUCACCCAACUAUGAU